AACGGGUGUCAACAAAGAUGGCGGGUGAAGGGGAACAAGGCGUCUCUAUGGGCCACACUCCCUCCCUGUGGUAGCCGCGCCAGCCAUUCCUGCGUGACGGCGAGGGCGUGGCCGUGGACAGGGGCUUCAGUGACCCAUGAGGCAGCAAGAUGUGGGUGCGGGUGUGGGUGGUGCUGGUGCUGGUGGCGGGGCAGGUGCGGGGCUCUCUUGACCUGUAUGUGGACGCGGAGGACGUGAAGCAGCUGUUGGGUGUCAGCUCUCAGCUUUGGUAUGUACACAAUGGCACAGUCAACCACUAUGCUCUCAGCUAUGAAAUCGUGGUGCCACCCCAGCUCGACGCCCUCACCUUCUACUGGCAGGCACUGCAGGGACGCACGAUGCCUUACACCCUGUCUGUAAGUGUUGCCAACCCUGAGGCAGUGCUGCAGCCAGUGUGCAACAUAAGUGACCAUGGCCUGGUGCCCACCAAGCUGUCCUCCUGGACCCUGCGUCUCACUUGCACCAGAAAGCUUACUACUGAGGUGGAUGUGACAGUGACCCUGCAGGUGCCAAUGAACACCUCCCUGGCAGACAUCACAACACUCACCAUCCACCGUAAGAAGGUCUGCCUCAGAGAGAGUGAAGCGGUGCAAAUGGAGGUGAUGGGCAGCAGUGGCCACUCAACUACAGUGGUGUAUGUGACAUUGGCUUGCUUGGGGGUGUUCCUGGCACUGGUGGCAGCACUGGCAGCACUGAACCACUCACACCACAACAAGAUGUAUGGGCCCAGACGGCGGGGCACAGCAGGGGCAAGAAACUCAUCUGGUCCAACCGCAGCUGUUCCCAAUAACCGCCGAGGUGGAGCAGGGCUUGGGGAGGUGCCAGGGCCAGGGGUGGGGGGAAAGGCCUCCCACUCAUCCCUCAGUGAACUUCGCCGCUCCCCACAACCCACUAAUACCACCACCGCCACCACAACCACCACCACUGCCAGCCCUGAGCCGCAGUACACUGACCCGAGACAGAGUGACCUCUCUGCUCGACUGGCUGGGCUGCGGGCAGGCCGGGAGUGGGUGGAGCUGAGGGAGGUACAGCAGGAGGGAACCUUUGGCCGGGUGUACCGCGCUCUGUACCAGCCCCCAGACCAGCCCCAUCCCACGUCUGUCACCAUCAAAACUGUAACAGAGUCAGCGAGUGAAAGUCAGCGCACUGUCUUGCUGAGUGAAGGACUGAUGCUGGCUGGCCUCUCCCAUGACAACUUGCUGGGGGUGCUUGGAGCAGUAGUGUCCCCCCCUGAGGCACCCCCCUGUGUCAUACUCCCUGCCUCCUCACAAGGAAACCUCAAGAGGUUCCUGCAGGGGUGUCACACCUUGGUAACGAGGGAGGUGGUGUCAGUGGGUGUUCAGGUGCUGCAUGGGCUGGCCUACCUACACUCCCGCCUGCUUCUGCACAAAGAUGUCGCCACCCGCAACUGUGUUGUAAACGGCGGGCUGCAGGUGAAGCUGGCAGACUGUGCACUAUCAAGGGACCUCUACCCCGGGGACUACCACUGCCUUGGGGACAACCACAACCGGCCCAUCAAGUGGCUGGCACUGGAGAGCCUCACACACAAGGUCUUUUCACCAGCCUCAGAUGUGUGGUCGUGGGGUGUGCUGCUGUGGGAGGUGAUGACGCUGGGCCAACAGCCAUAUGCUGAGAUUGACCCAUUUGAGAUGGCAGCUGUGUUGCGUCAGGGUGUCAGGCUGGCACAGCCCAUCAACUGCCCUGAUGAACUGUUCAAGGCCAUGACCUUCUGCUGGACCACGGCCCCCCAGGAACGGCCCACCGUGGAUGAGCUCACCACCUACCUCACCAACUUCCAGCAGCACCUCGACCGCUAUGUGUGACCCCACCUCGCUCCUCACCCCGCCCUCACCUAGCACACCUCUGGCUCACCACCACUCACCCUUCACCACAUCACUACCCUCACCUCGCUAAUAUAGACCUCUACCACGUACUUGAUUGCCCUAUGUACUCUUAGUAACACCUUUAUUUUCCCAUAGUCAGUUUUCAUACUCCCUCCCAUUUCACAGUACCCUCAUUUUCCCAUAUUCUGUCUCCAUACUCCUUCCCAUUUUCUUUACACCACCUUCAUUCUCUCAUCUUGCCAGCAUUUCCACUGUCCCGUACCCAGUGGUGGAGGUCCAUCCCGUGAUGUGCAUGGUGGAGUGUAGUGGGUGCGGGGAGGCAAAACAAGUGAGGAGCGCUCAUCUGGGUGCAGGAGAGACAGCACAGAAGUGAGUUGUGCCCACCUGGGGUCUGCUGGGUGAGGGUGAGGCAACACACAGCUGGGAAGUGCCCACUCGUGUGGAGGAGAAUCAGCUUGAAACAUUGCAGGUCAUAUGUGCCAUAGUGUGUGCAGCAGGUGGGCAGAGUGGUGAGGAUUGCCGUGAUGGGGUCUGCUGCUAAACAAGUUCUUGCCGUAGGUUCUCCUAUUCUGCGGUGCAAAUGUUUGUCCUCAGUGUGAUGUAAAAAGGCAAAGUGCUGCAGAGACACAGACUACACAGCAUUUCUCAUGAAGUGGUUGAAGGAGGUUAGUGACCAUUCCGGUGAAGUGUUCAUCUACUACAUUGUGAGUCUAAUGUAUUGAAAGUGAGACUGUACAAAUGCCACUCUGAUACAUUUCUGCUGUACAAAAGCUUUUACAGUAUGAAGUACGUCCAGUGUCACAAUUGACAAUGGGUUAAAGGUUUCGUGUAACUUGUGUAAUAUAAGAAAACUUUUUAGAAAUGGGAAGUGCCACAAAUAGUGACAGAUCUGUGAAAAUGAUGUUUGUGAUUCAUUGUUGUUGUGGAAAACAAAAGGCAGCUACUUAUAGGGUGUGAUACAAGCCAUUUAAGGCCACAAUAUGCACAUUCAAUGAGACACUCACUUUGUUAUGUAAAAACUUGGUGAAACAGUAAAUCCUGAUGUAAUGACGAGUUGAGGAGCAGCCAUUUAGACUCCUGCAAUUGUGAAUAGCAUAAUAAGCUCUUCUAAGAAUUCAUUGGUGUAAUACGGCACAAACUAAACAAGCAUGACUCCUUUCUGUACAGCCAGCAAAAAGAAAGCUCAGUAUAUCACAACUGCAAACAGAGCAGUAGGAGAAGUCAAAAGAGAGGGUUACAUUUGGUAAGAAGUGUAUGGUGAUACAAUCUUUUUGAAAGCAUUCAAGUCUUAGGAAAGAGGAAAUGUGGACAAACAAAGGCUGUUCUAGAGUUUACCAGUGAAAUAAUGAAAGAACGAAGAUAUUAGCAUUGGGAUUGGGAAUUUGGACAGCAUAUAGGAUAGCUAGAGUAGAUAGUAAUGUGCAGCAGGGCUGCAUGAAUCAUGGAGGUAUGCAGAUAGCAAGUUUAGAAUAGUAGUUAGCAUGAAAAUGAUAGAUAAAGGAACAUAAUAUUGUGGCAAUUUAAGAAGCAGAAAUUAAUCAGUAAGAUGAGGGGAACUGGUGAGAUGAAAAAUGUGAGGAACAGUUUUGAGUUGCAUUGUAAGAUGUUUUUGUGUGGAAUCUUUUGAGUCAGCAGUUAGCCCCUUAGAGAUUUUGGUUGGUUCUAUAAUGUAGCUGAUCUGUACAAGAGAUUCUUUACGACUGUAAUUGAUUGCUCAACAGACUUGCCAGCCAUCAUGAGCAGGUUGUAUUUUGUGAGGCUAACUUCUAGCCUUGCAUGUUCCCCCUUUUUUUGUUAAACUAGAUGUUGAGGCCCAUUGUCCAAGGCUUGGAGACCUCUUAGAUCUUUGUCUUUACAGACUUCUGGUGCCUUUCUGUUUUAAUUGUCUGCAGAAAUGGGAGUGAUGGGAUUAAGAUGAGCUAGAUGGGUGUGGUGGAGCAUUAUAAGAAGUCAAUUUCUCACCAUGAAAUAGGUCAGAGUAUUAAAUUACAAUCUUAGAGAAAGGCUGGGGAUGGAAUAGGUGAGGGAAGUCAUUAGAAUGAGAAAGGAAGAGUAAUGUCAUGAAAAAUGAUGGAGUGUAUGAACAGGAACUAGUACUUUCUUCUUUGGGGCCAUUCCUUCUGCUAAAGGAAUUUCAAGGAGACUCAGAAUGAGUGAGAUUAGUUCAUCAAACAUUCCAUGAUCAUCACUUCUCGUUCAAGUGAACAUAACUCUCUUCCAGGAUCUGAUACUUUCCAAACUUUAUCUCUGCCACAACCAGAGAUGCCAGAUGUUAGAGGUCAUGCUUGUUUUAGUGAAAUGCAUCUCAGCAUAAUCAAGAAGUCACCAAAUGAAACAAUUACCAAAUAUCCUUUCCAUACACCACUUGAAAGACAGUAUACAGAUACUCUACAAAUUAACACAAUACACAGGAGGCCUUGAAAGAGCUCGAAAGGUUAGAUUUAAGAACUUUGUUUCAAAUUGUGGGCUACAGCUGAGCUUGACUGGUGUUUGUCUUGGUGUCUUGCUUCAUCUUACGUGUUUUCUGUACGUUGCAUAGCACCAGAGAGGCAGUGAAGUGAGCAGCUUUGAUUAUUAUGUAAUGAGUCUUUAUGGAACUUGGACCAAUAUAGAGCAUCACUUUUCAGUGUAGUGUUUGAGAAAUAGUAGAUGUGAAGAGAAAAAGGAAGCAGACGGAAUAUUCAGCUAUGAACAAACUGCUGUGAUGUUUCACAUUAAUAUCCCUUGAAAUAGUUAGUGAAGAGCAAAAUCAUCUGACCUACUGUCUCCUUGGCUGCUACACCACAUUACAGCUUCAGAAAGUGUGAGUGGACUAGCUACUUACUACUGCUGUAUUUAUGGCUGAGAAAAUAUCAUUGGUAUUGUACAUGUAUAGAUGUACUAUGUGCAGGUCAGUGACUCCUCUCAAGUCUCUCUGAACCAGGACUUGCCGUCAUGAUGAAUUGGGUUUCUGAGGGUAACCAAACAUGUAAACCAUCUGAUAGAUUGGUCCACUGUUUGAUGCCUCACAGUCAUGUGGUUUAUUGUAAGUUUAGGCAAGUAAGGAAAUCUUGUAUAGUACAUAUUCUUCAGGUGUGGUUGACUGGUCCACAAGUAUUAUUAAUUUGAUUCAUAUCUUGAGUCACACUUAGAUUAAGGUUAUGUUGUCACAACUUGGUCACAAUUAUUCAUAAACACAGGCAGCCACCUCGCAGCUAAUUUUGGUUGAUGCCAUUUUUCACAAAUAUAUGAUAUGUUGCAACACUAGUAAUGGGCUGUAGUACUUAGGCUGUGGUAAGAACCAGCAGCAUUGAGCCUUCCAGAUACCUGACACAGGGGUUUCUUGUUGCCUCUGUAAUCCUUUUCACCUGACCAGUACAUUCCUUAGCUCUGUAGAUUCUGUUUCCUUAGUCUUCCUCAUGGUAGUCGGUGGUCACCUGUGAUGCAACCUUGCUGGGCCACAGAGAAGGUUGUAUGGCUUGCAUAGAUGUUAGGUUCCCCAAACCAUAAAAUUGUGAUAAAUUUUGUAAAAAGAUGUUGAAUAUACUGUGCAGUAGUAUCAAUGGCUUAGAAGACUAAUUUUCAUUCAUGGAUGUUGAAUUUAUGUUUUCAGUGGUCUGAAUGAUUACCAUGAGUCUUCAGUCUGACAGACACCUUUUUGAAAUAUGUGGCUCAAGCUCGCACAGGAGGAUUUAAUACCUGGAAAUCUAGAUUGUUACAUAUCACACAGUAUACUCACAUUGACAUGGUGAGUUCUUGAAUACUAAUCAUAUUCAUUAAUUAACAUCCACCUUUAUGACUUCAUGACAUGCCUUUCCCCUCCUUAAUGUGUGCAUGUCUGUCGGAAUGAGGCUGCAAUAUACUUUUUGAGGCAGCUGUCCUCACAUGCUCGUUACUUUUCUGACCUUAGAACUUUUCUUUCCUUGUCAUGUCAUGUGAUGGACUCAAAGACAAACUCACCCUUUCACAGAUAUGUUUUAUUUUAGGGGCAACAACUUCCUCAGUUUGGUUGUUGGAAAAUGCAUAUAUAUUUCAUAUAUUUUUAUAUAGUCUUUAAUACUUUUUAUUUAUUUAUUUAUUUUUUUUUUUUUUAUGUGAUCCUAAGCUGACCUUUACUGUUUUCAACAUUUUAUUUUCAAGCUGCCAUUGUCAGAUUUGCUUGACAUGACUGACAGAGCUUAAAUGACCAGGCUUCUUCUGUCCAUCUAAAAAAAAGGAUGGCUGAUUAUCUGGCAACAUGUCCCCUUGUUACUACUGCAGGCAACUCACUAUGAGGCUGAUGUGUGUGCCUCAUCCAUAACAUAACAGCUUAUCACCUCAAGCAGGUUAAUAUAUAGCAGUCUGAGUACAAGUACUCACUUUUGUACCUAUAACUAAACACACAAUUUAAUAUUUUCAUAGACUAUUGCAAAAUAUCUAAUUUAUAACCUAAGAGGUAAUUGUACUUGAUUUAAGUACAAUUCAAUUGCACCUAUACAUGAAUCCAACUAUAAAAAUGAGUACUUGUACUUGGAACUCUGAUAUUUCAAUAUACUUGUAAUUAUACUCAGUAAAACAACUGUACUUGAACCCAAACCUGGACUAUGUUAUACCGAGUGAGUCAGGGACACGCACGCACACACGCGCACACACACACACAGCAAAGAUACAUGGAUCUCCAGGGAAUGUGUGGGUGCAUCAUUGCAUCUGAGUGUGUGGUGCAGCUGCAAGUCAUAUUCAGCAUAUUCUAUUAGCUGAGGAGUGGUGUGCAUGUCAAGAAACCAUGACAUUUUUUCUCAAUGCCUGCUGGACUUACACUGAAUACAAAUGUAUACUUUUGUAUGUGUGCAUGUACUGAAAUGGUUAAAGAGUGCAGACACUGAGGUAUAUUUUGUUACCUGGUUAUAAUUAGUGACAGUAUAAUGCCUUAAUAGUGAGAGACAUACAAAAUCUGUUGUAUUCUAUAACUUUUACAAAUACCAACUAUUUUGCUGGUAGACAUAUUGUAAUUAUGAACAUCAUUGCUGAUUGAAAACUAGGUUUAACUUUUUAUCUUAUCAGAAUACAAAAUCAUAUGUUUCCAUGUCAUUAUUUUUACUCUGAAAUUUAUAAUUUUACAUCAAAUUAAUAUGAAUGCACUAUCACUAUAUCACAACAAAUUCCUUUAGAGUUCAUUGCAAUCACUGUCACUUUCUGUAUUUGGACCUGUAUAUAUUCAUUUUAUCUGUUUAAUAUAAUGCCUAUCAACGAAUGACAAUAUUGUGUUGACAUGUUCAAAUAGAACUGAAGGACAUCAUGUGUGCAAGGGAGCAUCAGCAAUAGCAGGACUCUUGGCUGCUAAAUGCUGAGGUUGCCUGACCCCUCACAGCAUCACUGCUUCCCUCAGAAUUCAGAUAUGGUUCAGUACUUUCAAUACAAUACCCCAGUGAAGUGGUAUGGAAUGUCAUAUUGUAUACACAUGUGUUUAACUCCCUACCUGAAGCAACUAGAACAAAAAGUUAACUGAGUGAAGCAAAUUUCUUGCCUUAGAAUAUUUUGGCAUUUUUAAUGAUACAAAUAUCUCUGUCUCAGGUGUUUCAAGGUACAUAGUUGUGUCAUUUGAAGGCUAGAAACCAUUGCUUGAGACAUAAUGAUUGUUUGUCAUCGAGGUGGUAAGACCUGUGCACCCUUUGCUUUUUUCUAAAGUCUACUACUUUUAUAUUGGCCACUACACCUUGUUAUAACUAUUCAUAUUGCACCGUGGACUUUACUGUCUUUAGCAAAUCUAUAAAAGAGUAUGGAGAGGCAGACUAAUUGCCUUCAUUACAUUUCAAACAUUCACAUGAACAUCAUGUUGGCAAUGGUAAAGGAUUGUUUGUGUUUUCACAACCAUACAAACUGAAUUCAGUCUUAUUUGCUGAUGACACAGUGCUCAUUGCAGAAAAUGAAAGUGACUUACAAAAUUUGGUCAUUGUUUUUGAUAGUGUAUGUAAAAGGAGAAAGCUGAAAGUAAAUGUCAAUAAAAGUAAAGUGAUGGUUUGUGAGCGAAGUAGAAGUGAGGUUGUGGAUUUUGUAUACCCAUGUAGAGUGGGAAUUGAAUGUGAAAAAUAAUGCAAAAUAAUUUUGAUUGGUGAAGAAAUGGAGGAGGUUAAUGAGUUUAAGUACCUUGGAACAGUUAUGUAUAAGCAUGGUGGUAGGAGAGACAAGAGAAAGGGCAUUGCAAGGAAGAAAGAUGGCAGGGUCUUUGGGACGUAUCAUGAAUGGCAGAAGUGUGAGCAUGGAGGUAAAGAGGGAUUUGAGAAAUACAGUAAUAGUACCAACCCUCACAUAUGCCAGCGAAACAUGGGCCUGGAAUGAAAGUCAAAGGUCUAGAGGGCAGGCAGUGGAAAGGAGUUAUUUGAGGACUGCUUGUGGUGUGAGUAGAAUGGAUGGAAUGAGUAAUGAAAGUGUGUAUGAGCGUUUUGGAAUGUGUCACGUGGGUGAAGGGAAGAAGUCUGGAGUGGUGGAAGAAGUGAAACAACAGACUUUAAGAUGGUUUGGCCACAUGGAGAGAAUGGAGGAGAGUGAGAUGACCAGAAGGGUGUGUGUGAGUGAGAUAGAGGGAGGGAAUGUUAGAGGAUAACCUCCAGUGAAGUGAAGAAAUAGGUUGCAAGAGUACGUUAGGGAGAGGGGUGAAAGAUCCUUGAGAAACUUUGAGCAGGCAAAGAGGGAGUGUCUGGAUAGAAAGAGAUGGAAACUCUUCUGCCGUGGUCAUCCCCUGGUGGGAGCUCCUAGGAGCAGGCAUCAAAGAUGAAUGAAUGAAUACAAACGGUCUUUUACAGGGGUUAUAACAAGCAGAAUAUCAAAAGAAGAUAAUAUAUUGUAGUAGGUGAAAGAGCAUGGAAAUUUUUAGUCAAGCUAUUGAGUGGCACUGAAGGAGAUCAACAGCUCUUGUGUCCUGCAGAUAUUUUGUGUAUUCGGUGAUCCUGUUGAAAAAACAUUGUGUUAUGACCACAGUCUUGCUAGUGUAUAUGCAUUGGCUGACUGAUUAUUUUAAAGGGGCACAAUGAGAGUCCCAAGAAACACUUGAGAUAGCUCUCUGAACUUUAUGUUGUCUUCUUAUCAUACUUAUCACUGGUUUCAUGUCCUCUCUUUUUUUAUAGUAUUUUCAUUUUUAUGACUUUAAAACUGCUCAUGCCUUGUAUGUUAGGUUCUGAGAAAGCCUUACAAAAUAACCUAAAUUGACAAUAAAUGAUCACAUAAUGGGAAGAGUGAGACCCAUAGGAUGUCUUUCAUAGUUAUCCCACUUUUCAUAAGGCUGUUAUCAUAGAUUGUAUUGGUGAAAAGAUUAAAAGAAAUAGUGUCCACCUAUUUUCCCAAGUAUUGGAUGCCUUCAGUUUUGCAUACCUCUUCCCAUAGUCCAUAUCUCACCAUAUCAAAUUCUUUGGUGUAAUGGAAUACAGAAUUUGGCCAGCUUUCAAUUUUUGUGACUUGUGAACUGCUACAUACUACUUCUACUAUUACUAUCCACCCCCACCAUCUGUGUACACAAGGUGAUGAGUCUACAUAAUCCUGUGGUAACAACACUGCUAGUUUUCGAGACAAGCAAUGUUCUUCAAGUCAGAUUGUAUGCCAAACACUGGGACACAGGGAAGCAAGUGGAUGUGUUCAGGAGUUUAUACUGUGACUGGUGUAGCUUUUGAUUCCCUUGGCGAUGAUAAAUAUUGAUUUGAAGUUAUUUUUUCUACUUUGUACAAUCACUUGGUCUAGUGACUGUAUGGUGAGUCUGUGGUCACUUUUUUACAUAAAUACAAAAAUCCAGGGAA